AACGUCGACCCGGAGCCGGGAUCGCAGCGCGGCCAUGGGAGCUCCUGGGGGAAAGAUCAACCGGCCCCGAACGGUGACUGUGUGGGAGCCCUGACUGCCCAAGCGCCCCAGAGCCCCUGUCAUCUCGCCCGAGAUGAGCUCGGAGCUGAAGAAGAAGCUGUUCAAGCGACGGCGGGUAUUGAACCGGCAGCGGCGACUGAAGCACCGGGUGGUUGGGGCUGUCAUAGACGAAGGGCUGAUCACGCGGCACCACCUCAAGAAGCGGGCGUCCAGUGCACGUGCCAACAUUACUCUGUCUGGGAAGAAGCGCCGAAAACUCCUCCAGCAGAUCCGGCUUGCCCAGAAAGAGAAAGCAGCCAUGGAAGUGGAAGCCCCCCAAAAGCCAGCCAGGACUAAUGAACCACAGCCUAAAUCAAAAAAGAAGACAAAAGCCCCCCAGGAUAUAGACAUGGAGGACCUUGAAGAUAAGAGCUAAAUCUCUCGCCUCUUCUGCCAGAAGAUUGUCAUCGGGAGCCAGGAGGACUGAGUGGUUGUUUCAGAGGACUGCAGAGAAAGCAUUGCUCCUUUAGACUCUUCCAGAUUCCUCUUGCAUAAUGACCCAGUGGCUUGCCCUGGAGGGACGUGUUGAGAGGAAGAGGGUGGGGCAGACAGUUUGGAGAGGGGGCUCCUUAACAGUCAACUCCACUCAUAAUAAAGCCCUAGAGUUCUCACUGAGAUGUGUGUGAUUAAACAUAGGAAAUGGGGAUGGGCCGUGAAAAGGGGUCUGUGAGUGUGGAAACAAGACAAUUGGGAAACAGGGCCCACAGAGCUUACUUGAGCAAAGGCAACAAGAAACCAGCCUCUGUGAGGACCCUCUCUCCCUAGUGAGUGACACUCCAGCUUUCCAUUUCUGACAAAAAUCUAGAUUAUUUUGGAAAUAGCAGCGGAGGUAAAGGUCCUGAUACCAGUCCUGCCACUGCCUCUGUGUGACCGGGGUGGGCUGGUCACUAUACCUCAUAUUUAUCUCUGCUUCCUUUGCUGGGUUAUAUUUUUAAUAAAGUGAAGAUGAAACAUUA